AUGGCAACAGUAAUCAAGCGUAUCUUCGGCCCCAAAGAUCCAAAGGCUACGGCGAAGAUCUAUCCGACCAGCGACCCCAAAUGGCCUAUAUGGGGUGAUAUUCUCACACUACCCUUGACACCAAGCCCGCUUGAUCUGAUUACUGUGUCUUGGUCGGAAGACAAGUAUGAAGUUUCCAAAAGGUACUAUCAGAUGCGUGCUUGGUACAACCGACCACCAGCAGGCACCACAGAUGAGGAUUUUAACAAAGCCUAUGAGACGGCACGAGAGUGCAAGAUCUUCGUCGCGGAGGAGUUCAUUGAUCCUCGUUACCGCUUCGGGCCUCCGAUGGCCGAUCAGCACUUGCUUAACGCCACCCGUAGUCAGAUUGGGUUGAAGGGUGAACCUGAGAUCUUAUCCCUGGACGACGUCAUGAAGGCGGAUGCUGCGGCUUCUGACGACAGCCCAGGCCACCAGGGUUGGGCGCGGCUCACCAUCGACGAGCACUUCUACUAUGGCCAGUCGGCUGAUGUCGAGAAACCCGAUCGACGAUGGCUCGUGUAUCAUCCUUGUCGUGAGGCUUUCCAGGGUCGAUUCGUGAAAGACAGCAAACAGCGAAACUUCGAGACUGUGGCGUCGGUCCUGCCAGAGGUCAGCGCUUUUGGUUUCACGCUUGUGAAGAUGGACGCGAUCAAGGCCAAGGCUUUGGGCUUGCUGCUAUUGAAAGCUGGAGGAGAUCCAUUGAGGCAAUUUGUCCCACCGGAAGUCAACAAGGCGGUGCUGGCAAAUAAAGAUUUGGCUGCUAUCAACAAGGUCAACAAGGUGCUUCCUGAGAGAGCUUCCACGCUGUACAUUGAGAAAUAG